AUGUCCUAUACACCUUCUGAUCAGAUCCCCCAACUAUCCUCACCCAAUACUCCAGCAACUACACUCGUUACAUCCCCUUCAACCCCUUCGACCAGGUUCAAAUCAAAUGUCAUCGAAGUUAAUCACCCAAAGCAAUUCGCUUCGCUCACUCCGACACCAGUGGUGGACGUCAAAGUGAACCAAAAUCCUUCUCAGGUCAAGUUGGAGUAUCAUGAACCUUUGUACCUUCCGCAGACACAAGACGCUCAAGAAGGUACACAUGUCAACUAUGCUCCUAAAUCGGAGACGAUGGCUAAACCUCUUAAGCCUAUACAACUAAAUCAAAGUACGGCACCACCUAUUUCAGCAGCCAAGCAGCCUAUCUUCGAUCCUGACUUUAUGAUCAAUCCUUUGGGUAAACCUCUCCUACCUCAUCCUCACCUGGUCAACCCCAUGAUCUACGUCAACAUGUACCCUCCUGACUUGUCCGAAGGCGCUAUCGCCAACUCUAUGCCUCGUUGUCUUCCUAUCAGAGUCAAGCUCGAACCUGCUGUGUCACCAGAGGUUAGACUGUAUCCGGAUAUGUAUUACGAUUGGAUGAGCAAAACCGGUACGAUCGAGUUUACUACCCUUCAGCUUGCGGAAAGGGCUUUGACGAUACUCGUCAACCACACCACCUUUACUCCCAGAGGAGUAUGGUUCUCACCCUACCCUUCCCCUUAUAUCCUCCCUUUGCCGAAUCCCCCUACCGCAGCUCGUUACAUCCGCCCUACAAGAUUGAUGGUUCCUCCAAGUUUCCCUUCAGAACCCCAACCUGAACAAGCUUUCCGCGCAUACUUUCCAACUCCUGCAGAAGUAUACGAUGCUGUCAGACCAUGGGGCAGUCUCAGGUCGGUCAACUCAUAUAUCACUGAAGCUUUUGAUGAGGUCGAGGUAGAGGAGAAUGGUCAAAGACACCAAUGGAUUGCUAGGGUGGAAUUCUGGAACGAGGAUGAAGCUAAGAUGUUUGAUGAAGGUUUUGGAAAGACAGCUAGUCUAUUGAAAGGCUGGCAGAUGUUGAUAAAAGCGUCUCACACCCUUCCUCAUGUACCCUCCGAUCCCAACGCAGCGAACAUCCAAUAUGUCACACCGCUCGGGGAUCAAGAGAGUCACGAUGUCCCCGCUCAACCCUCAAGGAUAAUGUACAUUCCGGACCAGUCGAUACCGCCCACCCCAGCUAGUACGACGAUGUCUCAUUUCCCGAAAAUAUGUUAUGACCAACUUCCUCCUACACCCUCACCAAUUAACUACGUUCCACCAUGGGCAGCCCAUAACAUGUUUGCUGCUGCUGGUAUUUUACCUGACGGUGCAAUUGUACCUGUGACUCCGGAAAUGAUGAGUAGGAGGUUGAGUAGAACAAGUAUGAGUAGCCUUGAUGGAAAGCCUAGAACUUGGAGUUUGACAGUUGGUGAGAGUCCUGAUGGUGAGCUCAAACCUACCGGGUUGGUAGCGGAUGAUGGAACUAUCAUCCAACAUGGUCCUGGACAACACAUUCGACCGGCUCCCUUUUUCGGUCCUGGUUCCAAUAGCGUGUCAGGUUUGGUAGAUUACAGUAAUGUCUUCAUCAAGAACCUGGAUCCCGAUAUCAAUUCGUACUACCUCGAAGAGGUAUUUAGCCAUGUUGGUCAAGUUGUGAGCGCACGCGUCAUGCGAGACGAUCUUGGGCGAUCAAGAGGAUAUGGAUUCGUCAGCUUCUAUUCGCCCGAACAAGCCGCCAAUGCUAUUGCGCAAUUACACAACCAGAAGCUUGGUCGCUCCACCAUCUCGGUCACUCUGCACGAACCUCGCAAACUUCGACCAGAGAAGAUCGCUGAGCGUGCAGCUCACGGUCUGCCGGUAGCUUUCGGUCGACAAUCCUCCUCGCUACCUAGACGAUCUAUGAGCCCAGUCAGGACUGAUAGGGUAGGAAGGGGAAGACAACCUUAUAUCGAGGAGCCCAAGGCUCCUGGUACCACCGAUGAGAUCCGCUCACUUUCUCCAACUUCCCGCAAAAUGGUUCUAGCAAAGAGAAUCGCCUCUCGAGUCAGAGAUCAUGCUCGAAACAAGUCAUUAUCGGUUGAUCUCGUCGAACCUACCAUCAAAGCGUUGGCGAAACAGGAUCUCGCUCUUAUCCCUCUACUUCACGAUAAACCUCAGAUUGAUCUCAGGAUUGCCGAAUGUUUCUCCUCGAUUCAAUCUGAAUUUUUGGAACAGCAACCUAAAAUGGAGGUUGAGCGACCUACCAACGAAGAUCUCAUCAGACUCCGAGACGAAGUUGGGAAGAUUGAUCCGUUGAACGUCAAUGAGAUCAUGCCGAUUAUGCUUGAAAUGAUCUCACCCUCCGAGUGGGAAAUGAUCUGGAAUCAAUCGAGAGUAGCUAAGAAGUAUGGUCUUGCUAAGCAGAUGUUGGAUAAGAAGAAGAAAGAGGAAGUUGAACAAGUACAAAAAACAGUGAAAGUGCAAGAAGAUAGAACAACUCAGCGAAGCGACGAUCUUGCUGCUGGUGAUGAAGAGGGGGACCAUCUUGUUCCCCUCGAUGGACUUACUAUCACUGAUUUCUGCACUCUGCCCGCCGAUCUGAUUAUGAAGAAUCUCAGAAGUGAGAAUGGACCGAAAAUCCUAACUUUGUUGGGGAUAGUGGAACCUACUCUUGCGGAUAAAGCUGGUAACGAAACAUGGGUCGAGAAAGUAAUGAGUAGGAGUAAAGUAGAAAGGGGCGUUGAAAUUGCUAGUGUGCUAGGAAAGAAAGUUGAUAUUGACACGCUCAAACGAAGUCAGAAACUCAAGGUGAUCAAAGGAUUAAUCAAUGCAGAGGACGACAGAGCUUUAUGCGAAUUACUUGUAUACCCUGCGUUGUUCAACGCAAAGGCCAGAUCCUUCAUCGAGUCUCAAGAGAAAUAA